UUUUUAUAUUUACUUAUUGUGUUAUUAUUGUUAUUAUUAUUAUUAUUAUUAUUAUUAUUAUUAUUAUUAUUAUUAUUAUUGUUAUUAUUGUAAUUAUUAUUUUUAUUAUUGUUGUUAUUGUUAUUAUUAUUAUUAUUAUUAUUAUUAUUAUUAUUAUUAAUAUUAUUUUUACUAUGGUUAUUUUUGGAAGGGCAUUAUCCUCUUUCCUUUGCCUUCUUUUGAUUUAUCUUUUCAUUAAUUUUUUUUUUAUAUUUACUUAACAACUAGGAUCAGUUUAUCGGAAUAGCAGACAAGAUAACGUCCGACAACCAGUUUCAAAUCAGCAAUUCAACAGAGAGAACAUCUUCAACUUCGACGGCACGCCACCAGGAUCGCCACCAGCUAAGUGCAUUUUCCUCUUCCGCUUUCUUCCUUUCAUUGAUGUUUUUAUUUAUUUUUUUUAUAAUUACUUUUUGUGAUUGUGAUUAUGAUUGUAAUUGUGUGUGUUUGUGUUUGUGUUUGUGUUUGUGAUUGUGAUUGUGAUUGUGAUUGUGUUUGUGAUUGCGUUUAUGAUUGCGUUUGUGUUUGUGAUUGUGUUUGUGUUUGUGUUUGUGUUUGUGAUUGCGUUUGUGUUUGUGAUUGUGAUUGUGAUUGUGUUUGUGUUUGUGUUUAUGUUUGUGAUUGUGUUUGUGUUCGUGUUUGUGUUCGUGUUUGUGUUUGGGAUUGGGUUUGGAAUUGAGAUUGGUAUUGAGUUUGGGUUUGGGUUUCGGAUUGUGAUUGGGAUUGUGUUUGUGUUUGUGUUUGUGUUUGUGUUUGUGUUUGUGAUUGUGUUUGUGUUUGUGUUUGUGUUUGUGUUUGUGUUUGUGUUUGUGUUUGUGAUUGUGUUUGUGUUUGUGUUUCUGAUUGUGAUUAUGAUUGUGAUUGUGACUGUAAUUAUGAUUGUGAUUGUGAUAGAUUGUAAUUGUGAUUGUUAAUUAUUAUUGUUAUUAUUUUUAUUGUUAUUAAUAUUAUUAUUAUUAUUAUUAUUAUUAUUAUUAUUAUUAUUAUUAUAUUUAUUAUUAUUAUUAUUAUUAUUUUUUUUUUAUUUACAACUAGGAUCAGUUUAUCGGAAUAGCAGACAAGAUAACGUCCGACAACUAGUUUCAAAUCAGCAAUUCAACAGAGAGUACAUCUUCAACUUCGACGGCACGCCACCAGGAUCGCCACCAGCUAAGUGCAUUUGCCUCUUCCGUUUUCUUCCUUUCAUUGAUGUUUUUACUUAUUUUUUUUAUAAUUACUUUUUGUGAUUGUGAUUGUGAUUAUGAUUGUAAUUGUGUGUGUUUGUGUUUGUGUUUGUGAUUGUGAUUGUGAUUCUGAUUGUGUUUGUGAUUGCGUUUAUGAUUGCGUUUGUGUUUGUGAUUGUGUUUGUGUUUGUGUUUGUAUUUGUGAUUGUGUUUGUGAUUGCGUUUGUGAUUGCAUUUUUGUUUGUGAUUGUGAUUGUGAUUGUGAUUGUGAUUGUGUUUGUGUUUGUGUUUAUGUUUGUGAUUGUGUUUGUGUUUGUGUUUGAGAUUGGGUUUGCGAUUGGGUUUGGGAUUGGGAUUGGUAUUGGGUUUGGGUUUGGGUUUCGGAUUGUGUUUGUGUUUGUGUUUGUGUUUGUGUUUGUGUUUGUGUUUGUGAUUGUGUUUGUGUUUGUGUUUGUGUUUCUGAUUGUGAUUAUGAUUGUGAUUGUGACUGUAAUUAUGAUUGUGAUUGUGAUUGAUUGUAAUUGUGAUUGUUAAUUAUUAUUGUUAUUAUUUUUAUUGUUAUUAAUAUUAUAAUUAUUAUUAUUAUUAUUAUUAUUAUUAUUAUUAUUAUUAUAUUUAUUAUUAUUAUUAUUAUUUUUUAUUUACAUCUAGGAUCAGUUUAUCGGAAUAGCAGACAAGAUAACGUCCGACAACCAGUUUCAAAUCAGCAAUUCAACAGAGAGUACAUCUUCAACUUCGACGGCACGCCACCAGGAUCGCCACCAGCUAACCAUUCUUCCAGCUCGAAAUUCCUAAAGCUUUCACCAAUUCGCCAAUUCGCUCCCAUCCAGCUCGUAAGAUCAAGUUCAUUGGAAUUUCUAAGCAAAUCCGGUAUGUACUACUAAUUAAUUAUGGUUUUGUACUUCUUUGUUGCAUCUUAGUUAUAAUUUUAAAUUUUUUCGUUUUUAGAUUUGCUUCCUCCUGCAGCUAGAUUUGCUUCUUUGUUGUUGUAUCUGAAUACUAUAUUAGGGUUCUUAAAAUUAGCUAUAUCAAUCCGUAAAAAUUAGCUAAGAUGAAGAAAUUGACAAUCCGUAAAAAAGCCAUUGAUUCGAAAAAGAAGCAGUGUGAGUUGUCAACUGAGGUGGGUAAUGUAAGGGUAGAUGAUGUCUUGAUUGAAAGUUCUGAGCUGUUUUUAGCAAAUGUAGAUGGUAAUGCUGAUGAGGUUGAGGAUAGUAGUAGUGAUGAUGAUUAUACAUGUGUUAAUGAAGAUGAAUAUGAGAAUGAUUCUGAUUUGUUUGCGGAAAAUGUAGUUUAUGGUCUUGAUGAUGUGUUUAUAGACGAUGAGGAAGUUAGGUUGAUAUUAGAUAAGGAGGUUGAUGAGCAAAACAACACAGACAUGUACUUUAAUGAUGAUGAACCGCAGUCUGAUGAUUAUGAUUUGAGUGCCUUGAUUGAUGAUGAGGAAGGUAUAUGCAGCUAUCCUACAUUCAACCCUGAGAUUGAUUUCAAGGGUAAGAUUAAUUUGUCUUUAGGGCUUAAGUUUCCUUCGACAUAUGUGUUUAGAAAAGCACUAAGGUACCAUGCUAUUGAAUGUGGUUACAAUUAUUAUUACCUGCAUAAUGGUACAAAUAGGAUCAGUGUGUAUUGCUACAACAGAUGUGAUUGCAUGAAAUUGAAAGGUAGAAUUGUGAACUGUGUUUGUGGGAAGGAGAAGAAGUGUUAUUUUAAGGUUCAUGCCGUGAAAUUGAAAGAUGAGGAGACAGUUCAAAUAAGGAGUUAUUUUCCAAACCACACAUGUGGUCACCAACACCAAAAUAAGAAAGUCACUGCUUUGUAUUUAGCUGAGAAAUACAUAGAUGAUUGGAGGGACAAUCCAACCUGGGAAUUAAAGGCAUUUAAGAAACGGGUUAAUAGAGAGUUAGGUUGUGAAGUGAAGUAUUCUAAGUGUUACAUGGCUAAAAGAAUUGCAAUGAAAAUGCUAUAUGGUGAUGCUAGUGAAGAGUAUAGCAGGGUUUGGGAUUAUGCGGAAGCAAUAAGGACGUUUAAUCCAGGAAGCACAGCAAUCGUUAAAUGCAUUGGAAUAGACACACUCCCACCUUUGUUCCAAAGGAUGUAUAUAUGCUUGACAGCGUGUAAGGAGGGGUUUGUAGCUGGCUGUAGGCCUAUUAUAGGUGUUGAUGGGGCACAUCUGAAGGGAAAAUUCCAUGGGGUUUUGUUGACUGCUGUUGGUAAAGAUGGGAACAAUAAUAUCUUUCCCAUUGCAUGGGCUGUGGUUGAAACUGAAAAUGUAGAAACAUGGAUAUGGUUUCUAAAUCUUCUGGUGGAAGACCUUAGGUCGGUAACUGCAUCGAGUAGUUGGGUUGAAGCAGAAGGUGAAGCUUUCACCUUCAUGAGCGAUAGGCAAAAGGGUUUGGUCGAAGCUUUGAACUCAGUGGUUCCUGAAUGCGAAAUUAGGUUCUGCUGUAGGCAUAUAUGGGCGAACUUCAAGAUCAAGUUCCCUGGAGAGUUGUUCAAACAACACUUUUGGAGUGCAGCCAGAGCCUACAACAAGAAUCAUUUUGAUAGAGAAAUGAAUGUAAUAAAGAAUAUUUCUAUUGACGCAUAUGCAUAUCUAGCUGCUAUUCCUACAAAACAUUGGUCUAGGCAUGCUUUUUGUAGUAGGAGUAAGUCUGGGAUGUUAUUGAACAAUAUUUGUGAGGCAUUCAACAAUGUGUUAGUAGAAGCAAGGGCGAAGCCUAUAAUUUCCCUAAUGGAGUGGAUUAGGAGAUAUGUAAUGCAACGAAGCGCAGCCAAAAGGGAAGGGUUGAGUAACUUUCAAGGUGAGUUGAUGCCAGCUAUCACUAAAAUUAUUGAAAAAAAUGCAAAAGAAAUAUAUGGUUUAAGGGUAAUCCCAAUGGAUGUUUAUGAGUUUGAGGUGGAUGAUAUUGAAGACUGUUACGUUGUAAACUUGGCCAAUAGAACUUGCCAUUGUGGAAGUUGGGACGUUAUAGGGAUUCCUUGCAAACAUGCCGUUGCUUGUAUUGUGCUUAGAAAAUUAGAUGCCAAAGACUUUGUCCACGAGGCGUAUCUCGUAGAAACGUAUCGAAAAACGUAUAGUCCAAAGUUUUAUGGUAUGCCAGGACACAAAAUGUGGCCAACAACCACUUUAGCCAAACCACUUCCUCCACCAUAUAGAAAGAUGCCUGGAAGGCCUAACAAGAGGAAAAGAAAGAAGGAAGUUGGUGAAGGUAAAGGAGGAAAGAAGGCUAUUACAGAAUUCAAGCAAAGGAGAUGUGGUAAUUGCGGUGAAGUUGGUCACUACAAAAAGGGCUGCAAAAAUCAACCUAAACCACCACCACCAACAAAGACCAAGUCAAAAGGUGGAAGGCCUAAAAUGGGAUCUUCUUCUACUCAACAAUCUACAACCAAUGAUGUGCCUAGCUCCAGUGGUCAACAACAAACGCAAAACGCUGCAUCUACUUCAUGUAUAAUGGAUCAAAAUAGUUAAAUAUAGACUUGUACUAUGUUGAAUUAUGUCUGGGAUGUACCCUGUAAUGUUGAGCUUAAUUAAAUGUUUUUUAGCAAAUGAAGUAUGUAUACUCAGAAUGUUCUGUUGCUCUAAUAUUGCUGUACCCAGUUGAACUUAAUGUAAUGUUCCUUGCAAUCAGUAAUUGAAUUAUUUGCACUAUCUUGAAUCAGUAGGCAUAUAUGUGUGAAUCAGUAAUGUUGCUGUACCCUGUACCCUGAAGUGCUUUGAAUCAGUUCACAUUUUGAAGAUGAGUAUACAGAGUAUCAGUGAAGCUGAGUAUCAAAGUGUGCUUUGAAUCAGUACUUUUUGUGCUUUGAAUCAGUAUGCAGAAGAUGAGUAUGCAGAAAAUAUGUGCAGCAAUGUGUAAUUGAACUGAUUGUUUAAGUUGAUUGAAUAGUAAUUGAAUAGUAAUUGAACUGAUCAUGUGGAUUUAAGUUGAUUUCUGUUGCAGCAACUGUGUGUUUGAAGUUGAACUGAUUGUUUGUGCAGCAUGUAUUGAAGUAAUCAGUAAUUCAACUAAAAUUGAAUAUUGAAUAGAAGUUGAAAUGAUCAGUUCAGUAAUUUAAGUUUAUCAUUAGCAAUGUGUGUUUGAAUCAAGAAUGUGUGUGCAUCAACAAAUUGAAUCAAUAUUGGCCAUAAUCAGAAAAUGUGUUUGAAACAAGGUGUUGAUGUUGAUGUUGUGCAACAAGGUGUUUGAAACAGCAAUGAACUGAUCUUGUGGUGCAAAUGUGUUUGAAUUGUGUUUGAGGAUGAUUUUGAACUGAUCAUCAAACACAUCACCAACAGAACUGAUCAUUUUAGUAUGCAACAAUGUUGAUGUUGAUGUUGAACAUUAAAGUAUGUAGCAAUGUUCAAUAAUUGAAGAGAGCCAUGUUUAGUAUU